AUGUCUCGUCCUGCUACCACUACUAUAACCUUGGAAGAGUGUGACAAGCAUGCCUCGGAGGGAGACUUUUGGGUGGUUGUGGAAACCUACGUCUUGGAUCUAUCCUCUUUUCUCCAGCAUCAUCCUGGUAGAGCUCGGAAGAUUAUCCAAAAGAGAAAGGAACUGGGGUGUGACAUUACACCCAACUUUCUCAAUCACUUUGGCCAUACGGUACGCACAUUUCGACAGGCUUGCCAAGAGUUUGAUCGGACCCAAGAACCGGUUUCUUUUGACUUUCAGGAAACAGCCAACAAUAAGAACGCCCCAGUUGUCAUUUUGGGGAAGAUUGGGUCAGGAUAA